ACUUAAAGUGCUGCCUCACUCAGAGGACCAUUAAAGACUUUCCCGGUCGCUACAUGUAGCUGAAUGUGUUACGACACAUCCUUUCUCCCCCCCAAAAUCUCCCUAAAAAUUUUUCCAAAAUGAAGAAAUUUAAUUUUCGCAAAGUUUUGGAUGGUUUAACUGCCUCAUCCCCCGGUGGAAGCAGUGGUGGUGGCGGUGGCAGUGGAAGUGGGGCUGGUGGUGGCUCCGUGCACCCAGGAGGGACUGCAGGAGCUGCAGGGACACCCAGAGAGGAGAUCCAGGAGACGCUCACUUCAGAUUAUUUUCAGAUUUGUAAGACGGUUCGCCAUGGUUUCCCUUACCUACCCACUGCCUUAGCUUUUGACCCAGUUCAGAAAAUCCUGGCAAUUGGAACAAGAACAGGAGCCAUACGAAUAUUGGGCAGGCCUGGUGUUGAUUGCUAUUGCCAGCAUGAAAGUGGUGCUGCAGUUCUGCAGCUCCAGUUCUUAAUCAAUGAGGGUGCUUUGGUCAGUGCAUGUGCAGAUGAUGCACUUCAUUUGUGGAAUCUCCGACAGAAACGACCAGCUAUCCUACAUUCUCUGAAAUUUAACAGAGAAAGGAUUACUUACUGCCAUCUACCUUUCCAAAGUAAAUGGCUGUAUGUUGGAACAGAGAGGGGAAAUACACACAUUGUAAAUAUUGAGUCCUUCAUUCUUUCGGGAUAUGUUAUCAUGUGGAACAAGGCAAUAGAACUAUCCACAAAGACUCACCCUGGUCCAGUUGUACAUUUAAGUGACAGCCCAAGAGAUGAGGGAAAACUGUUGAUAGGCUAUGAAAAUGGUACUGUCGUGUUCUGGGACUUACGAUCUAAAAGAGCUGAUCUGAGAGCUUAUUAUGAUGAGGCUAUUCAUUCUGUUGCUUGGCAUCAUGAAGGGAAACAGUUCAUGUGCAGUCACUCUGAUGGCAGCUUGACCCUAUGGAAUCUGAAAAGUCCUAACAGACCAUUCCAGACCACAAUUCCACAUGGAAAAGUUCAAAGAGAUGGAAAAAAGCCCGAAUCUUGUAAACCAAUUCUAAAAGUAGAGUACAAGACCUGUAAAAACAGUGAACCGUUUGUGAUAUUUUCUGGUGGAUUGUCAUAUGAUAAGCCUUGUCGAAGACCCAGUUUAACAAUCAUGCAUGGGAAAGCAAUUACAGUUCUUGAAAUGGAUCACCCUAUAGUUGAUUUUUUAACUCUUUGUGAAACCCCAUAUCCAAAUGAGUUUCAAGAACCCUAUGCUGUAGUUGUGCUUUUGGAAAAAGAUCUCAUUGUUGUUGACCUGACACAAAGCAAUUUUCCAAUCUUUGAAAAUCCAUAUCCUAUUGACAUUCAUGAGUCACCUGUUACCUGCACUGAAUAUUUUGCGGACUGUCCUCCAGAUUUGAUUCCUGUACUCUAUUCUGUAGGAGCAAAACAUAAAAAGCAAGGAUACAGCAAUAAGGAAUGGCCUAUCAGUGGUGGAGCAUGGAAUCUUGGAGCUCAAACGUAUCCCGAAAUCAUUAUUACAGGCCAUGCAGAUGGAUCAGUAAAAUUUUGGGAUGCUUCUGCCAUUACUCUACAGAUGUUGUACAAAUUAAAAACAUCAAAGGUCUUUGAAAAACAGAAAGUGGGAGAAGGAAAAGCAACAGCUGAGAUUGUGGAAGAAGAUCCUUUUGCUGUUCAGAUGAUGUACUGGUGUCCUGAAAGCCGAAUUUUCUGUGUGGCAGGAGUUUCUGCAUAUGUGAUUGUUUACAGGUUCAGCAAACAUGAAGUAAAUACUGAGAUUGCAUCAUUAGAGGUACGACUUCAGUACGAAGUAGAAGAUAUCAUUACUCCUGAACCAGAAAUAAAUCCUCCAUUUCCAGAUACCUCCUCCCAGCUUUCUUCUUUAAAGAGCCUUUCAGGCAGUACCAACACUGUAGGAUGUGAAGGAACAAUGAAGGAUAGUAUCCCAUGUCUUAGUGUUAAGACUCGACCUGUGCGAAUGCCUCCUGGAUACCAAGCAGAUCUUGUUAUUCAGUUGGUGUGGGUGGAUGGUGAGCCUCCACAACAGAUUACCAGUCUUGCUGUAAACUCUGCUUAUGGACUAGUGGCAUUUGGGAACUGCAAUGGUUUGGCUGUCGUGGAUUUUAUGCAGAAGACAGUGCUGCUGAGCAUGGGAACCCUUGACCUGUACGGAUCGAGUGAUCCAUACCAGCGUCAACCCCGUUCACCUCGCAAAAGCAGGCAGUUUGCUGCAGACAACUUUUGCAUGCGUGGCCUGUCUAACUUUUAUCCAGAUUUAACGAAACGGAUCCGUACUUCCUAUCAGAGCCUGACUGAACUCAGUGACAGUCCAGUUUCCCUGGAGCUAGAGCGUUGCAAGUCUCCCACUUCAGAUCACGUGAAUGGUCACUGUACAAGUCCAACAUCCCAGAGCUGCAGCUCAGGAAAGCGACUUUCCAGUGCAGACGUUUCAAGAGCAAACCGCCGAGGGCCUGGGAGGCCCCCCUUCAGAAAAGCCCAGUCUGCAGCCUGCAUGGAGAUUUCUCUCCCAGUCACCACAGAAGUAGGUUACAUUUCCAGACGGGCAAUGCUUCAGCAAUUACAUGGAAUCAGUACAUUCUCACACGACGAGCGUCACUAUACUGCUCGCACAUGGAUGAACAAAGAAAAUAGGGAAAACUCCUUCAGCCGCUCCCGAAGCUCCAGUGUGUCCAGUAUCGACAGGGACUCAAAGGAAGCAAUUACAGCUUUGUACUUCAUGGAGUCCUUUGCCCGAAAGAACGACACUGCUGUCUCCCCCUGUCUCUGGGUUGGAACGGGCCUCGGUAUGGUUUUAAUCCUCUCCCUUAAUCUGCCUGCUAGCGACGACUUACGGCAGUCAGAGCCAGUCAUGGUGUCACCAAGUGGCACUGUUCUGACGCUGAAAGGAGCCGUGCUGACCUUCGCGUGCUUGGACUGCAUGGGGACAUUGACACAUCCACCGUAUGAAGUAUGGAGGGAUCCACACAGUGCUGAUGACGGUGAAAAAACAAGGAAAAGGAAACUUGUCAUGCAUUCCCCUUCCUCCUCCCAGGAUAUGGGUGAUCAUCAAUUUGCAGUCAUUUGUUCAGAAAAACAAGCCAAAGUCUUCUCAUUGCCUUCCCAAACAUGUCUUUAUGUCCACAACAUCACCGAAACGUCCUUUUUAUUGCGAGCAGAUGUGGUCACCCUCUGUAACAGCGUCUGUCUGGCGUGCUUUUGUGCCAAUGGGCACAUCAUGACACUGAGUUUGCCCAGUUUUCGCCCACUGCUGGACAUCAACUAUUUGCCUGUAACAGACAUGAGGAUAGCACGGACCUUUUGCUUCACUAAUGAAGGGCAGGCUUUGUAUCUCAGCUCUCCCACAGAGAUCCAGCGCCUGACAUACAGCCAGGAGAUGUGUGACAAUCUACAGGACAUGCUUGGAGAUUUGUUUACUCCUGUGGAAACACCAGAAGCCCAAAACAGAGGUUUUCUCAAAGGACUUUUUGGAGGAAGUGGACAAGCUUUUGACAGAGAGGAGCUUUUUGGCGAGGCUACGGCAGGAAAAGCCUCUCGCAGUCUCGCCCAGCACAUCCCUGGAUCAGGUGGGAUUGAAGGCGUGAGAGGAGCCGCAGGAGGAGUCAUUGGGGACUUGACUCGUGCACGCAUUGCCCUUGAUGAGAGAGGACAGAAACUGGGAGAGCUGGAUGAAAGGACUGCGAGCAUGAUGGCCAGCGCGGAGGCGUUUUCCAAACAUGCACACGAGGUGAUGCUGAAAUACAAGGACAAAAAGUGGUACCAGUUUUAGACUUUCAAAGAAGCUGCUUUUGGCUUUAUUAAGAACACUGUUCAGGGAAGCAACAUUAAUUCCCAAAUCUACCAGUCACUGGCCAGAGACAGUUUUUUUCUCCUAGAAGAUGUUUUCCUGUUACUAUUAUUGGAUUCAUCACAGUGGACAUCAAGGAGAAAUUUUACAGACCGUGAGAUGGAAGCUGGAAUCAUGAGGGUCUUUUUCCAACAGCUGGCUCAUGCAGUGGCCCAUUUUUUUUCCAAAAGGAACUCAACCAUCACUGUGGCAUGUAGUUUUUCAGAAGCUGUAGGUAUGAACUGUGGGGGGUGUGUCUGGUUAAAAAUAUUCUGUACAAACUCAAAUGUUAAUGCACUUAUAAAACUUUGCAUGACUAAUUGCCAUCUUAAAAAAAAAAAAAAAAAAAGAGAAAAAGACAGCAUGUUGUGACCGAAGAAAAUGAGAUUCAUUUCUAUUCUGAGAAAAAAAAAAUUAAAUAGCAAAAAUCUUUAUUUUUUAAAAGUGACAUUAUUAAAAGCCAGUACAUUUCAAGCAUGUUUGCUACCAUUUUCCACAUAAAAAUGAGUUGAGCUGCAUUUUCUUAUCUGCUAUUUAUUUCCCUUGAAAAACCUUGCUUGAAAUCAGUGCUCUUUAACUCCUAAGAAAAUAGAUUUGAAAUUCUAUGCCCAAAAUUUACAGAUUUUACAGGUAGCUGAACAGGCACUAUCUGAAACAUCAUUAAAACAGGAGCAUAGAUGGUUUAUUUGCAAUUCAGAGCUCAUGACACGUCAUCCUUAUCUGUACUUUUUAAAAUGUGCUCCAGAUUCAUCUCAGUUGUCCUUGAAGGGGGCCACGGCACUUUUCAUCCCCAUGGAGUCUGUAUCACUUGGUUGCCUUAUUUCUCAGUAGCAGGAAUAGAAAAUCAGUUUUGGAAACCAUUUCUUCAAGUUAAGAAAGGCAAUAUGGGAAACCACAGUCCUGUCAAAUUCUGCUUAGCAGCUUGCAGAGCAGUGAUGUUGCUCAAGUGCUCAGCUGAAAUUAUGUGAAGGGACCUGCACAGUAACCCCCUCAAAACUUGUGAGAGAGAGAGAGAGAGAGAGGGAUCAGAGCAGCAAGACUAAAAGAUGGGUCAGAGGAGGAGCGUGGAAAACCAUUGUGAACACACAUACAUAAAAUGACACCAUAGGUGAGUGGCAAUUGAUUCUCUGCUCACACUGCUAAAAGUAAUUUGCUUCUGCUUCAAAGUGGUUUGCUUGGUUUCUACAGUGAACUCUGCAAAAAACUCCGCAGCCUGCAGCUACAGAACAUAACAGUAAGUAGAACCUAUUGCCUGUCCAUGCAAAUAGAUUCCUAGUCCAUAAGAAUGCUCCACAUUAGCCUCCAAGAGCCUCACUUCCACAGUUCCACAGUGGAACUCUUAAUUUAGAAAUUUUUCCAAGAUUGGCUUGGAAACAAGGCACUACAGGAUUGUUUUCAUGUGCCUGGACAUAGUUUCAAAAUAGAAAAAGAAAGUGAGGAAGAGCUGGAAAAACAGCAGUUAAAAUUUUUCUAUAGAAGAAGAGUAACAUCCUCUGUCCCUUCAAGGAAUCCUGAUGGACACUGAUUCAGACAGGCACAAUCCUCUCCUAACUAGACCUUAACUUCACUGGUGUUUGUGGCAUCAUAGCAUUCAGAUGAUUCCUCUCAAAGAUGUCUUUCCCAUAUUCUUCCUUUACCUACAAUAAAAUGCAGCCCAAGAAAUUGUACCAUCCACAAGUCUGGCCUCACUAUCAGCCCACUGCACAAGUUAAAGGGUUGGAAGAGAUUUGGGGCAUUAAGUUUCACAUUCACAUUGUAGCACAACCAAAUUUCAUGAUUUACGGGACUUUUACAUUUCUCUGUAGGCAAAAUCAAAAUGAUGGCCCUGACAGGUCUAGCUCAACCGGGAAUGAGACUCAACAAGUUCCUCUGGCACAGGAGAAACCACCCUAUGUUGUGAGAACUGUAGAAACUUGUUGAGAAAAAGGUCAAAGCCUCAGCAAUGCCUGGGUUUCUGCUGAGAGCUAAGGAAUUGAAGUUGUCCAUGACUCGAGAGGAUGUGUCUCUGUGUGUGUAUUUAAGUAAAUGCCAAACUCAUCACUCUGAUGCCAAUAGGAACCGGGCUGGGGAAUUCCUUCCAGUGGCUGGGUCACAGAACUGACCACUUGUGUCUGUAAGGACACACUGCUCUAACCAGGUAUCUAGAAUGAGAAGUAAAUGAGAACAACAUUAUAGCAAUUUGAUGUUCUGUUUAAACAUAUAUGCAAUGGCCUGUGCUCUGGUCUACAAUCCAAAACCACUAGUCUCUGGACAACAAAACCAUUUGGGGCAGCAUUCAAACCCUCCAGCAGCCAACUUACUUUCCAUGAUGAACUGGUGUAUCACAGUCAGCAGUGCACCAAGCAGCCCUACAGGUGGUGCUCAGGCAGCCAUCGGGUCACUGCAAUGACAAGGAGGGCACCAGGUCUGCCUAAGAUUUUGGCUGUACCUCACGUAGGAAGCUGACAUUGCCGAGCCCUCCAUUACCUUGAUUUCAGUGGAAAUGGUGUCAGGCUGGAGCGAGAGCCCACUUACUUGUUUGAGAAUUGUAUGAAAAUUUAAGAGCAACUUUUAACUGCUAAUCACUGCAGCACAUCCAGAGAGAAAAGUGUCUUCAACAUUUACACAAUGCCUGAUUGACUUUGGCUGCCAACAGUCUCUAGCUUAAUACCAGGGUAAAAAAACCUGCCAGUAAAUUUCCAUUUGCAUUUUUAUGCAACAGAGAAACAAGAAUUUAGCAGCCCUCAAACUUACAAUUUUUACUACUAAACUUUUAAGCAACCUUUCUCUAGUACUCCCCAUCAGGUCACAGCUUUCCACUCAUAUAUUUUACAUAUUUCCAGACAGUUAGUUACCAAUUGCUAUUUCUGUUAAGUUCACCACUUGUGACUAUAAUUAUCAAUUUUCUUGUAGUCUGUAGAGAUCUAAAAAGUUGUAUAUGUUUGUAUAUAGAACAUUCUAUAUAUAUAAUAUAUAUAUGUAAUGUAUAUGUUGUAUAAGUUUGUUAGUGCACACUGUUAAAUGCUUUCUAUCAAGAUUUACCAUGUAUGUGGAAAAAACCCAUCACUUAAAAAGUUCAAUGAGGGAGGAAAACUUCUUGCCUGGUUGAUUUAUUGUGAAAUGAGGGGGAGUGUGGGAUUUUUGAAAGGCUUGACCUGAACACUACUAAAGUCUGUUAGUGAAAGGCAUAAAGCUGCAGCAUUCCAAGCAAAGAGCACAGCAUCUGACUGUAAGAAAGACUGUAAGACUGUGACUGGCUGUAAGAAAAUCGAGGGCACUGGCUGUCACUGGAUGUUGAAAUCUUUCUGUGCUUUCACCUUUCCCACUAAGACAGCACCACCUCAAGCAAAAUCCUAAGCUUAGACUUAUCUCCAACAUCACAAUCCUCAGCUACAACAGGCCAGAUUGGCUGGAAAUAAUUGGCCAAUUUAAAAUGCUGUUUGUUCAUUUGCAUACCUUGUUCCCUCACAUUCUUCUUUCCAGGACCUCUGUAACAAUCACAUCCAAAACCAGAUACACAGACCUUCCAAAAGCACUCAUACUUUUGGGUUUGACCAGAUGUUUUUAAUCUUACGUCUAGAGCUGUAGAUAGACAGAGAAAAUGCUUUAAAUUAGAUUAUUUAGAAGCUUGCAGAGUUGGCAAGUCUUCAGUGAAGUACAAGCUAUUUUAUUAAUUAAAAUAAAAUUCCUAGAGCUUUAACUUAAACUUCAAAUCUUGAAUUAAAAGACAGGAUAACAGAAAUUUUGUUUUGUAUAAUUACCUGGGGAGUUUUUAAGUUUUUUUACAGUUCUAUGGUUCAAAUACAUACAUCAGUUAAACAUUCCCUAUGGUACCAGAACAUAGAUUGGUACAUGAAUAUUUGACAGAAGUACUCUAUUUACUACAUGUAUUGUAUACAAUUAUCACAUAAACCCCCUCUAAAACAGUAUAUAUUCCUUUUCCAGAAUCCCUCUCACACCACAGUGUGUGCACUGUAUCAAAGAUGGGCAUACAAACAUUUUUUUUUUCAGUAGAGGACUUAACAAGUGAAGAAACCACUUGGAACUUGAGAGCUGCAUGCAACCUCAGGCCUCCUUCAUUCAUAAACCAUGUGUGUUGUAACACAGGCAAAACCCCAGUUUUUGGUUCAUUACACCCCUCAAAUACCUUGGGCCAUGCCCCCAUACAUCCUUUUCCAUACCCUAAAGGUGAAUUCAAGCACAGCAUAUUUCAGUCUUGAAUGGUUCUCUUGCCUUGGUAUGGUCUUAGUAAUAACACACUCUCUCUCAUUAAGGAACAGCGUGUGGCCAUUUGUAGUCAACUCUUCAUCUUAGGUGUAUAAGCAAUAGUCACGUAAAUGAGUGUUUCCAUUCAUGUGUUUUGUUUUGUGAUUAAAUCAACAAAUCAAACAUUGUACUUUUUUAAAUAGCAACAAAUAUUCAGAUUCAGUGUCAAGGAAAUGUGGACUUAAUAUGUGUGGGGUUUGUUAACAAGUCAUUACCUGUCUCUCAGAACGAAGGCUAAUCUGGGGUGAAGCACACACUCCUGUGCUAACCAUGUCCUGUUUCCACAGGUAUCCUAAAUCAGUGUCACAAAACUAAGGCAUCUUUAACUGAGGCUGUUUCGAAU